ACGAAUCUGGACAGAGCAACUUUUUAGAAGAAGCCCUGGAAGCGAGACACCCCCUCACAUUGUAGUAGUCAGUGGAGUAGCUGGCAUUGGGAAAGACCACCAUGGUGCAGAAGAUUUUGUUUGACUGGGCCAGGGGCACUCAUUACCAAAAGUUUGCAUUUGUGUUCCUGUUUAAAUUCAGGGAGCUGAACCUACUAGAUACGGAGACAGAGCCUCAGAUGCCUCUGACCAGGCUAAUUGUAAGGCACUAUAAAUAUCUUAAUGACCCGAGACUGAGAGAAAUCCUGAAAACACCUGAAUCUCUCCUCUUUAUAUUUGAUGGACUGGACGAGUAUAGACACAAACUGGACUUCACACAGAGUAAAUUCUGCUCUGGCCCAGAUGACUACUUUCCUGUCCACAUCCUGGUCACAAGCCUGGUCAAUCAGACAUUACUGAAGGGCUGUACAGUUUUGAUAAUGAGCAGACCAAUAGCCUUGGAGUCCCUGGACAUAGAGAGAGUUGAUCGAUUUGCAGAGAUCCUGGGGUUCUUCCCUGAACAGAGACUGAUGUACUUUAAGAAGUUCUUUGGUGAUGCUGAUCUGGGUGCUGAGGCUUUCCAGUAUGUGGAGCAGAAUGCCAUCCUGUACACCAUGUGCUUCAACCCCUCGUACUGCUGGAUUAUCUGCUCUGUGCUGAAGACCCAUUUCAUGAUGCCUGAAGAAGAGCGAGGGGCCACCCCCAGAACUGUCACAGAGCUCUUUGUGAUGUUCCUUCACAACAUCCUCACCAAUCACAGACGAGAAGCAGAGGACCAGCUGGGGAUUCUGAUCAAACUGGGAAGAAUGGCUUUUUAUGGGGUGAACAACAGAAGUCUUGUGUUUUAUGACAAGUUUGAGAUGUCAACCUUUGGUCUCCAGUCAGUCCUGUCUUCUCCAUUCCUGUCAGGGUUCCUCAAAGAAAUCCUUCAGAGAGAAAGCUAUCUGGAACACACGACAUACACAUUCUACCACCUCACCAUACAGGAGUUUAUGGCUGCCUGCUCCUUCUACCUCGAUCCAUCAGGGAGAGUUGAUGAGAUGCUUGCAAAGGUGGACUCAUGUAAAGAUGGCCGGUUUGAAAUUCUCACUCGAUUUCUGGCAGGACUGACCAGACCUUCUGUGUUUAAAGCACUGGAAGGAAACUUGGGGGAAUUUGAUAGGAAGACAGCAAAGCAAAUACUAGAGUGGGUUAAGCAGAAAGCUGAAAAUGCUCUACAGGGUGGAAGUAAACAUGAAGAUGAAGAUGUGCCAUUUGGCCAAGAUAAAAGUGAAGCUCUGCGAGUGUGCCAGUGGCUGUAUGAGACUCAGAAUGAGAAAUUAAUCAGAGACACCAUUGGGAAGGAUUUAAAGAUGAACUUUAGUAGAUCAAUUUUAUCUCCUUUGGAGUGCGCUGUGCUGGGCUCUGUCAUCAGCUGCAGUAGAGAACUUGAAGAGCUUGACCUAUCAGGAACAGAACUCACCCCAGAGUGCAUCAGGAGACUUGCGCCAGGGCUCAGCUGCUGUAGACGAGUCAACCUUUGGUCAUGUCAUCUUACCUCCACAUGUUGCUCAAUUCUCUCCUCAGUCCUCUCGUCUCCACACUCACGACUGAUUGAAAUGAAAAUGAACAACAAUAGGAGCAUCAAGGAUUCAGGAGUGGAUCAGUUAUGUGAGGGACUGAGGAGUGAAAGCUGCAAAUUAGAGAAACUGAGCCUCUCCUUAUGUGGUCUCACCUCCAGAUGUUGUCGAGCUCUCUCCUCAGUCCUCUCUUCUCCACACUCACAACUGACUGAAUUAACCCUGGAUAACAGCAACAUGGGAGAUACUGGAAUGGAUCAGUUGUGUGAGGGGCUAAGGAGUAAAACCUGUAAAUUAGAGAAAUUAGGCAUGUCUCAGUGUGGUCUCACCUCCACAUGCUGCUCAGCUCUCUCCUCAGUCCUUUCUUCUUCACACUCACGGCUGACUGAACUGGUGCUGUCCAACAAUAAACUGGAGGACUCAGGAGUGACUCAGCUGUGUGAGGGGUUAAAGAGUGAAAACUGCAAAAUAGAGAAGCUGGGGCUUAACUCAUGUGGUCUCACCUCCAGAUGUUGUUCAGCUCUCUCCUUAGUCCUCUGUUCUCCAAUCUCACAACUGACUGAACUGGACCUGAAAGAAAACAACAUGAAGGAUUCACAAAUGGAUCAGUUGUGCGAGGGGCUGAGGAGUGAAAACUGCAAAUUAAGGAAACUGAGAAUCAUCAAAAACUCCAGUGGAAGGAAUACACAGGAUAUCAGAAACCCAAGCUGCAUGAAAUUAGUUUAAAUAUAAGAAAACGUUCUGUUUUUGAAACAGAGGGGGACCAGAGCCAUGAAUAGUUGUGAGGUGCAGACAAGCUCUGAAAGUUGCCAUUUUAUGCUCUAUUGAAUUAUUUCCCCAUUCUUUAUGCACAGUAUGGUAUGGAAAAAGGUUUACCUAUUUUGAUGUACAAGAAACUUUGAAAAAGACCAGCUUAUUAACAACACUCCAUUGAUAACGAAAUGUAUCAUAGAACUGAAGUACAUGUUAAUAUGUGCCUUCAUUUGUAACUGUUUAAUGGUGAAUUUUAUGAAAAGCUUUUGUUGAUGCAUCAAUAUAUUGUAAGUUUAGUGCUCAGUGAUAAGGCAUUUAUAUGGGUUCAUCUAUAAAAUACUAUGGGAUGACAAGUAUCUUAUAUAUAAAUGUCUACGUGUGGAAGUGUGUGUGUCUGUAUGUAGUUGUCCAUAUAAUAAUUAAAAAGGUGAGAACCCCGUAGAGGCUUGUGGGAUUUCCCAAUAGGCAAAAAGAACGAGGGGGUGGAGCUGAUCCCAGGAUUUUGAUAGAAAGCCAGUGCAGCUCGCCACCCCCUGGUCUGGUGUGGUACUACUAUUAUUCAGGCCCAUUAGCUGCCUCCUAAUUGCAUGUGUGUGACACAGUAAAUUCCACUGAAGUGCCUUAGACAGACACUGCGUCUGCAUAUGCACUGUAAGGACCCAGGGGAAUUCUGUUGCAACAAUAUAACUAAAGUAAGACCCAAAACUGUUAAAAAGGCAAUUACCUCUGCAGAAGAAGUAAAUGAGAUCUCCACUCACUACUGGUGAGUGUUUUCAAUGAGGGGUCAUCAUCCACUAAGAGUUUGUUGAAUGUAACUGUCCAUCCAAUUGUGUUAGUAAUUUGUAGCUGUAACUGUUUUCACUAUUAUAAAGUAUAUAUGUAUGCAUUCAUAUAAUUCAUUUGCCUAAGCAGUUAGUACGCAUGCCAGCUGCAUCCACGGACCAACAGUCCUUUGCUUGCUGCAAUAAAUGCGCUAACAUACAGUGGACACAAGUCGGGAGAUACACGUGUGCAGUAGCAACGGGUCCUUUUCCAAUUCUGAGAAACUUGUCCAUGCUUUUAUCACAUCCUGCAUCCUGCAUCGAUUAUUGAAACUCACUGCUGGCAGGUG